AUGGUUUCCAUCGUUCUAGGCAGUCAAUGGGGAGAUGAAGGAAAGGGGAAGAUCACAGAUAUGCUGUCGCAGGACGCGACACUCUGCUGCCGUGCAGCUGGUGGACACAAUGCCGGCCACACCAUCGUCCACGAGAACGUCACUUACGACUUCCACAUCCUGCCCUCCGGUCUGGUUUCGCCCAAAUGUAUCAACCUGAUCGGCGCCGGUACCGUCUUCCACGUCCCCAGCUUCUUCAAGGAGCUGGCCGCCAUUGAGGCCAAGGGCCUCAAGGGCGCCGCCCAGCGCAUCUUCGUCUCGGACCGCGCACACGUCUGCUUCGAUCUCCACUCUGUCGUCGAUGGUCUCGAGGAGAAGGGUCUCGGUGGCCGCAAGGUCGGCACCACCGGCAAGGGUAUUGGUCCUUGCUACAGCGACAAGGCCGCACGCCGCGGUGUCCGCGUCGGCGAGAUUCUUGAUGAGGCAACCUUCGAGCGCAAGCUGCGCACUCUGGAUAUCGCAUACCGCACACGUUAUGGAGAUCUGGCAUACGAUGUAGAGGAGGAGAUUGCUCGGUUCAAGGAGUACCGCAACCUCCUGAAGCCCCACAUUGUCGACCAGCUUGAGUUCCUGCAGGAGCACAAGAACUCGCCCAACACACUGGUUGAAGGCGCCAACGCCCUGAUGCUCGACCUCGAUCACGGCACAUACCCCUACGUGACCUCGUCAUCAACCGGUCUUGGCGGCGCCGUGCAAGCCCUCGCCCUGAACCCCACUAGCAUCAAGUCCGUCAUCGGAGUUGUGAAGGCCUACACGACUCGAGUGGGCUCCGGACCCUUCCCUAGUGAGCAGCUGAAUGCCGACGGCGAGAAGCUGCAGCAGGUUGGUCGCGAGUUUGGCGUGACCACCGGCCGUAAGCGUCGCUGCGGUUGGUUGGAUCUUGUUCUGUGCCGGUACUCGCACGCGAUUAACCACUACACUGCGCUGAACUUGACCAAGUUGGAUAUCCUGGAUGACUUUGAUGAGAUCAAGGUUGGUGUUGCUUACAAGUUGCCUUGUGGAAAGCGCACUACCGGUACUUUCCCUGCGGAUCCUAAUGUCGUGGAGAAGAUUGAGGUUGAGUAUGUUACUCUGCCUGGUUGGAAGUCUAACACUAUGGGUGUCCAGCGUUAUGAGGAUUUGCCUCCUAAUGCUCGUGCUUACAUUGAGUUCAUUGAGCGUGAGAUUGGUGGUGUUCCUGUUAAAUGGAUCGGUACUGGUCCUGCCAGAGAGCACAUGAUUGCUCGUGAUUAA